AUGCUCCGCAUCAUUCGGUCGCCAGCCUUCCAGCGUCAGCUACUCGCGUGCGGCAUCUCCACGACCAGGACGCUGCUCAUGGCCCUGCAGACCGUCAGGCCGCCCAUGACGAGCCUCAACGGCGCUGCAGCUACGGCCAAGUUGGAUCUAGAGGGCUCACUGGAGGAGGUAGCUUCGAGCCACUUCUCGGAGUCCUCGGCCUUCCCCGAGUUCUCGCCCAUGGAAGACACGCUGCUAUCACAGGCCGCCAUUCCCCGUAUCCAGUCCAAGGCCCCCGUCAUGGACGCACAUGCCUGCGCACAGGAAGAGCUGAACGAAGAGAUGCAGCAGCACUUCUGCGAAUCGUCCGACUUCCCCGAGUACUCGGCAGCUGAGGAGGAGGCCAUGAUGCACAAGAGGGAGUAA